AUGGGUCUCCUCGCAUCUCUCCGCUACGGCUUGUUCACCUUCCUCCCCGACCAGCUCUUCUCCAAGCUGCCUGAAACCGUCGAAGACCUCGCCGGACGGACGUAUGUGGUGACUGGGAGCAACGGGGGCCUGGGCUUGGCUGCUGUCGUGCGCCUGGCGCGGAUGAAGCCCGCGCGGAUUAUACUCGCGGUGAGGAGCCUGAGCAAGGGCGAGAAGGCGCGCGACGAGGUCGUUGCGCAAACCGGAUAUGCAGGGAAAAUCGAUGUGUGGCUGCUCGACAUGGCGGACUUCGCGAGUGUUGUCGCAUUUGGCGAGAAGGUGGACAGCGAGCUCGAGCGGCUGGAUGGCGCGAUACUCAAUGCCGGGAUCAAUCCGCCGCAUUGGCGCAAGACGGGGGACGGCUGGGAGAGCAUUCUUCAAGUGAACACCAUUGCGACUGGCCUUCUGGGUGUUCUCCUCCUGCCGGUGCUCCACCGAACGGCGGCUCUUCCUGCCCCGCUCCCGGAUUCGACGAAUAUCGUGCCGCAUUUGACCAUUACCGGCUCUUCCGCUCAAUUCUUCGCCAUUUUCCGCGAAAAGGAGGAAAUAUCCGGGAUCCUACAGGCACUCAAUAACGAGGAGAAGCAGGGCGACCCGUAUGCGACCUCCAAGAUCCUGCUGAUAUUAUAUGCGCGCGUCUUGGCUGCGCUCCCUCUGGCCAAAGACGUUGUUGUCAACGUCGUCGACCCAGGACUCUGCAUGACGAAUAUCGGUGGAGAGGAACGGAAGCUUCCUGGCUGGCUGCUGGCCAUAAUCAAAGCUAUUGCUUGGACCCCCGAGAAGGGAGCCCUCAAUAUCACGUGGGCGGCGCUCCAGCCGACACCCCCAGCCGCGUAUGUCACGUCGUGCGAAGUCAGAAAAUCGGCGUCGUGGACCUACACGAAAGACGCAGAUCGCGUGCAGGAACAGGUGUGGAAAGAGCUAGUCGAGGUGUGGACGGAGGUUUCGUCGAAAGUUCCGGAGAUUCUGAGCUCUACCUAA